GUGCGUUGCUUCUUUUCUUUUGGGGGAGAAGUUUUCCUCCUCUCGCCGGUCUCUAGGGCGUUGGAAGCCUCCUUCUGCUGUUCUGGGGGUUUUUUGUGCGGGGGUUGAGAGGUCUGCCAGGUCGUUUGAGGUGGGAUUUGUGGGUGGGUGAUGCAUACGUGGCCUUCUGUGUUCGCGGGCCGUCGCUUAUUUUCUUUGUUCCCUCGUACUAUUGCCUCGGUCGUGUCUGGCUCGUUUUUCUUUCUUUUUGUGUCUAUGUAGUCUCAUCUCACCCCUGUUCGGGCAUUUGUUAUUACUGUUAGGUUUCUGUCUUUGCGACCUCCUUUUGAGUGUCGUCGGGGUUCUAUUACCCUUCCCUUCUGCUUGGGUUUCCUUUUCUAUCGGAAUGAGUACUCCCGCUGAGUACCCUACCACCCAUUGUGGUGUGGGGGGUGACUCGCGGGCUUCGUUCCAAUCAUCAGUCAUACGACAUGGUGGUGGUCGGAAGUCACGAGGCGUUGUGGAGAGUGCCUUGACAAGCAAGGCAAUUUCAAACUUCGAUGAACUCCAGGGAGAACCUAUCCUCUAUGCAAGCCACCGAAUCAGUGCAAACAAGCAGAGUCACCAAAGCGAGGUGGGUUUGUGAUGUCGCACAAACAACACGGACUGUAUCUGGCUCCGAUGACAUGUCCGAUGGAACUACUUACGUCGGACAACACGCGCUCUGUCAAAAGCUGUGGCUCCAACGGCUUGCACAAGGACGCUAUUGGCAAACCAAUCUUCUUGAUAUAGGCCUGUGAGCCGAUCCCGGCACCCAGGGAAGGCGGGAAAAAGCCCAGAUUUCCAAGAUACUCUGAGGACUCGAAGCAGCGUCCUUUGAGCGGUCGCGCUGCCAUGAGCGCCCUGUGCCACCACUCGCACUGGCUUCGCGUUAUCGGGAUCGUUCCGAGAUCAUUUUUUGGACGCGCGUGCGUCCAGCUUCUCCAAUCUGCGGGGUUCAUUCACCGCCUGUACGGGUGCUGAUACUCGAUUAAGCCUGCUCUUCCGCAGCCCGCAGUUUGGUAUCAGUGCGGCCGGCUCCCGUAAUCUGAAGGAAUGCAGUGAACGCCAGCUGCUGUGGCUGGGGUGGUGAUUUGACUGCAUGAGUCCUACGCGCCAACACGUCUGAUCAUCAAAAAAACGGCUUUUUCUCUUAUAAAAGACGACUCCCAGAACCAAGCCCAGCAUUAUUUUCUUCUUCAUGUCUCGUUUUGCCACUCUCUUGACCUUCGCCGCCUGUUUCGUGGCGGCUUUUGCCGCGGAACACCAAGUCGUUCAGCGGGACAGCAGCGCUGAUACACCGAUCGGCGGAUUCAUACCCAAGAAAUCUCUCUCAAUCAUCGGCGCUAUCGCAUACGGGACAUCCGCGGCGGUCAUGUGGAUCCAAUUCUUCUUGAACAAACCGAAACACCCUUUUAUGCUCAGCCUGAACCUCGGGAUGUCCACAAUGUCAGCCGGCUUCGUCCUGCGGUACAUGUACGCUACACCGCCGUUCACUCUUGGAAAAUAUACCGCUUGGGACAUGUGCAUUCUGCUCUCGCCAUGCCUCUUUUUGGCCACGGACUACAUGCUGCUCUCUCGUCUCGUCAACACAUUCGACCCUCAGAUCGUCGCGCGGUGCCUCGCCAUCAAACCGACCCGCGUCGUCAAGAUCUUCGUAUGGAGCGACGCGCUGACGUUCUUCCUGCAGGUGUCGGGUGGAGGUCUGACGUCGUCGCACAACGUCAGCCAGGCCAAUCUAGGCUCUAAAAUCGCGUUGAUUGGGCUCAUCCUCCAAGCCGUCUCGUUCCUGCUAUUCACAUUCCUCGUGUUCACCUUUGCCCAUCAUGUCGAGAGUGACUACCCCCAAAUCUGGCACCCGAAGACCUCCGUGCCAGUGAGGAUCCUCUCGACCGAGCCGAUCGAUGACUGGCGCAUCCUGGUCUUUAUCAUGAGCGUCACCUGCGUGGGCAUCCUCACGCGGUCUGUGUUCCGCAUCGCCGAAUUUGCCGGAGGCUACAGCGGACGCGUCGCGACGCACGAGGGCUACUUCUAUCUCCUCGACGCGCUGCCGCUGCUGCUCACGAUGUCGCUGUACGCGCUCGUCUGGCCGACCCGCUUCUUCCACCCCGCGGCGGAGAAGGCGGCGCGCCUGCGGGGCUCUAGCCAAGAUCUUCUCAGCAUGCAAGGGUUCCGGGCCUUGUCCGCGUGAAUGCACUCCUCACCGGAAAUGUUUAUUGCGUGGGACUGCGUAAUAGUCCCUACUCAUACGGAAUUUCGGUACAUGUCAUGUAUCGCGCGGCUGCUGAUUAGCUACGGACUGAUUUGAUGGACUACUCUUUUAACCCCUUGUUACACAACUCAGACAAGCGCUGUUUCCUAUUUCACUCUUUACCCAUGGACAGAUUCUCAAUGAAUUAU